GGUGUUUUUCUCGCCAAAAUAAAAACAAAUCACCCAUGGGCCAAAAUGCACUGUACACAUAGCAGCAGCAAGCCGGUCGGCUUUCGGCCGGAAAUUGACCCACAUCUAUCGGAUACGCCCACCACACCACCCUGAUGCCUACCCACUUUUAAAUUCUAACUUUACACACAAUAAAAAGGAAAAAACAGAUCUCCCUCUUCCUUGUCUAAACCUCGUCCAAAAAACACUGAAAGGGUUUCCAUAUCGAAACAACCAGAGUUUCUUCUUCUUCUUCUUAUUGUACAGUAAUAAUUUUACCAUGUCUAUGUCUAAAGCAUCAGUGAUUUUGACUGUGAUCGUGCUCUUGCUAAUUAGCUCCAAGGAAGCGGCGUCGAUUCAGUCGGGAUCGCGUUCGAUCCUCCGAGCUGUAAGCAGCGAAAACAAAGCGCAGGUUGAUUACGCUGUUGAUUUGAAUAGCACGAAUUUCGAUGCUGUUCUUCGUAACACUCCCGCUGCUCACGCCAUUGUCGAGUUCUUUGCUCACUGGUGCCCUGCUUGCAGAAAUUAUAAGCCCCAAUACGAAAAAGUUGCAAGACUUUUCAAUGGGCCUGACGCUGUGCAUCCUGGUAUUGCAUUGAUGACAAGGGUGGAUUGUGCUUUGAAGAUAAAUAAUAAACUCUGUGAUAAAUUUUCCGUGAGUCAUUAUCCUAUGUUAUUUUGGGGCCCACCUUCUAAAUUUGCAUCUGGUGGUUGGGAGCCCAAAGAAGAGAAGAGUGAAAUACAUGUCAUUGAUGAUGGGCGGACAGCUGAAAUGUUGCUUAAUUGGAUCAAUAAGCAAUUGGGCAGUUCAUAUGGCUUGGAUGAUGAGAAAUUUGAAAAUGAGCAUCUUCCUUCAAACAUAUCAGACCUUGGACAGAUUGCACGUGCUGUGUAUGAUGUUGAGGAGGCUACAUUCUUUGCCUUUGAAAUCAUACUUGAACACAAGAUGAUCAAACCACACACCCGGGCUUCACUUAUUAAAUUUCUUCAACUUUUAGUGGCCCAUCAUCCUUCAAAGAGGUGCCGAAAGGGAAGUGCAGAAGUGCUUGUGAAUUUUGAUGACUUAUGCCCACCAGAUAUGUGGUCACCUGACAAACAGGAAGCUGUCAGUGAUAACAAGGGGAUGCUGGGGAAUUUCCAGAUUUGUGGGAAAGAAGUUCCUCGAGGAUAUUGGAUGUUUUGCCAUGGCAGCAAGAAUGAUACCAGGGGCUUUAGCUGUGGUUUAUGGGUUGUACUGCAUUCACUCUCUGUGAGGAUUGAGGAUGGAGAGAGCCAGUUUGCAUUCACUGCAGUAUGUGAUUUUAUCAACAACUUCUUUAUAUGCGAGGAGUGCCGUGAACAUUUUUAUCAAAUGUGUUCAAGCGUCACUGCCCCUUUCAAUACAUCCCGUGACUUUGCCCUUUGGUUGUGGAGUACCCAUAAUAAAGUCAAUGAGAGAUUAAUGAAAGAAGAAGCUUCUGUAGGAACUGGUGACCCCAAGUUCCCAAAGAUUAUUUGGCCUCCAAAACAGCUCUGCUCUUCAUGUCAUCUCUCUAGUAACCAGAGAGAGAAUGGAUUUGGUCAAAUAGAUUGGAACUUGAAUGAAGUAUACAAGUUCUUGACUGGUUAUUAUGGCAAAACUCUUGCAUCUUUGUACAAGGAAAAAGAUCGUCUUGGGGAUGAAGUGACUGAUGGGGCUAUUGCAGAUUUAGUGGCCUCAACGAAUGCAGUGGUGGUGCCUGUUGGGGCUGCAUUGGCAAUCGCGCUUGCUAGCUGUGCAUUUGGAGCGCUUGCUUGCUACUGGCGUUCUCAGCAAAAAAACCGAAAGUAUUACCACCAACUACACUCUUUAAAGAACAUUUGAUAUUAACGAGGAUGAUGAGCUUUUUCAAAUUUGAUAUAAAGUAUUAACCAAAAGAAAAUUGACAGGAUGGUGAGAUGCUUAAAAUUUUGUGGUGAAUUUUCUUAUUUGUUUUCCUUCCCCAACAUUUCAGGCCAAGGAGAAGCUGGAACUAAGAUAUUUAAAAAGGGCAAAACCAUACAGUCAUUAAGGUGCCCAGUUGGGGUUCAAUCAGACUCUCAAUAGGAAUCCAGAUUACAAUCUUACUGACCUGCUUUGAGGUCCUCCUUUGUACCCUUUUCUGGACAUUUCCUUUUGAGCACACUUUUGGAUUCUACAGAUUAAUAUUAGAAUUUCAAUUUUACAAGA